CAGCAACAUCACCUUAUUUCACGGCCGUUUCUACGAUAUUUCUCAAACUCGAAAAGAGUUGUCCGGAUAACUGUUCCUGAAGCAGCCACAAAUGUCGUCUCGACUGUUGCAUCAAUACUGGUCGACUUCGGCUUUACCGAACAACGAAAACCAGGACGAGUUAUCGUGUUCGGUACGGGUAAGUAUCGCCUACAUUCAUUUAUAACCCUUCUCAUGUAUACUCGCAGUAUAUCAACGAAAUCGUCUAUCAUCGAUAUUACCGAGUCCGAUAUUUGGGAUAUCACAGAAUCCCCUAAUUAUGAAAGGAAUUCUUCAACUCGGUCAACAAGAGUACUCACAGUCAGUAGUAUGUUUCAACAUAUUUUAGCUUUCAAGGACAUUGGCAGGAAAACUUUUCUCCAAUAUAUUUCGUCUUUCUAUAGAGCUGACGUGGGUAACCUUAAGAAAACGGCUAUCCCGUUACCUUCUCACUCUCCCGCAACUCUACUGAAAUCCACCUGGGAUCGGAAACUCUCGCGCUACUGGGGUUUAUACUUCAAAACUCGAGACUCUAAUGAACAACUGCCAAGGCGAAAGAGUAAUCACCUAGAAGAAAGGUUCUCAUUUUCCUUGAUGAAUCUUGGGAUUAUCUCUCUGCUUUCGUACGAGACACUAGUUUAG